AUGGCCGAAUUCCCAAACAUCCCGGGCUACAACCUGGUCACGCUCAUGAAGCGACUCGAGGCCGCAACCUCCCGGCUCGAGGACUUGACCGUUUUCCAGAGCCAAUCGAUACAAUCCUCGCGCGAACCGUCGGCGAUCAGCACGCGCGAGCUACCCAGUGCCUUGGCUACCUCGUCCGCUACUCCCGUCGCUGCUGCCACACCCGCCGCGCCCGCCGAGCCCACGCCUGCGCCUGCGCCCGAGCCAGUCGUCGAGCAGAUCUCGCCGGCGGUGCAGGAAUUCGACGAUUAUGUAGCCGAGUUUGUGACUCCGUUUGUGGCGCUCAGCAAGGAGAUUGACCCGGUUGUUGCCGAGCAGGCGGAGGCGGUCGCGAGUGCGUUCGCGGCCGAGCGCGAGUUUUUGCUGAUCGUGUCCAAGGCGAAGAAGCCUGCUGCUUCUGAUUCUGCGUUUAUGGAUCUGUUCAAGCCGAUUUCGGAGCAGGUUGUUAGAGUGCAGGAUCUGCGCGAGGGGAACCGAAGGUCAAAGUUUUUUAAUCAUCUGUCGACCGUUAGUGAGGGUAUCCCCGCCAUUGGAUGGAUUGGCGUCGAGCCUACGCCUGUGCCGUUCGUGGGGGAGAUGAAGGACAGUGCUCAGUUUUAUGCCAACCGAGUCAUCAAGGAGUACAAGGAAAUUGACAAGAAGCAUGUUGAGUGGGCUCAAGGCUACCUGAAGCUCCUUACCAACCUGCAGGCCUUUGUCAAGAAGAACCACACCACCGGCCCCUCGUGGAACCCCAAGGGCGAAGAUCUGGCCACUGUCCUUGCGUCCUCCAAGUCCAAGGAGGCUGCUGCUCCUACUCCGGCAGCUCCGCCCGCUCCCGCCGCCGGUGGCCCUCCUCCACCCCCGCCACCCCCACCUUCUUCUGUCUUCCAGGUGUCUUCCGAGCCCAGUGCUCCCGCUGGCGGUAUCGGCGCCGUCUUUGCCGAGAUUAACAAGGGUUCCUCUGUGACUUCUGGUCUGAAGAAAGUCGACAAGAGUCAGAUGACGCACAAGAACCCUUCGCUGCGAGCCAAGGAGCCCGUUGCGCCGACGACCAAGUCCAAGACUCCGCCGCCGCCUACGAAGCCGCAGAGCUUGAAGCAGAAGAAGCCGCCUCGGAUGGAGCUCGAAGGCACGAAGUGGAUCAUCGAGAACUACGAAAACAACCCCGAAGUGAUCGUCGAGGUCGAGAUCAACCACGGCGUCUUCAUCCACCGCUGCGCAAACUCGACGAUCCAGCUCAAGGGCAAGUUCAACGCGCUGACGAUCAACGAGUGUAAAUCAACCGGCAUCCUCAUCGAGAGCAUGGUCUCGGGCGUGGAUGUGAUCAAGUCCACCAGCUUUGGCCUGCAAGUGACCGGCAAGCUCCCCACGAUCUCGAUCGACCAGUGCGACGGAGGCCAGAUCUACCUCAGCGACCAGUCGCUCGACGUCGAGAUCUACACUUCGAAGUCGUCGGCUAUCAACAUUAACGUUCCUGAUCCGGAGCUUGAUGGCGAUUUCAAGGAGCAGCCGGUGCCGGAGCAGCUCGUGCACUCGAUCAAGGAUGGCAAGCUCGUUAGCACUAUUGUGGAGCAUAUGGGUUAG